AAUGAUAUGGACGUUGUUUCAUUAUACCGCUUCACUAGAAAAUCCGAAAACAAUAAAAUGGAAUACUCCGAAACCAUAAAAAUCGGUAUUAUAUAUGAUGGUGUACCCACGGAGAUACUUAUGUGCGGAACAAAAAUAACACCGGAGUUAUAUGUCCCCCCUGUACGUUUAUGUUUAAACUGCGGACGGUUAGGACACAUACAGCCCGAUUCUGAAUACUCCCCGGGAGAUUAUUCCCGGGGAGAUUAUUUUUCCCGGGAAUAAAAUCCUCCUAUUCUAAACAAACGGGGAGAAUGGUAAUAAGGGAGAGAGAAUUUCGAUUAUUCGAAGUCAGCUGUUUUGCGUCAGCUGUUUUGUUUGGCUAACAAUUUGCAAAUAUUUUUAUGACUUCAAAAGCAUAAAGUGAUUAAAAAUAAAAAAAGAACUAUAAAAAAACAAUUUAAAAAUGUUUAGUGUUGCGUUUGUGAUGCUAGCUGAUGCAGAAAACGCUGAAGUGCAGCAGCAGGAGAAAAAUAUGCAAAGGAUAGAAAGGAGAAGGUUACGCGAUGCCAUCAACCCACUUGAGUUGCCUCAAUCUUUAUUUGAAAAAUAUUAUAGGGUAAACAAACCGGCAUUCAAGUAUCUGUUGGGCGUGUUAACUUCCAACAUUCAACCUAAACGUAAGUCAUUUGCAGUUUCUCCUGUUGUGAAACUAAGUGCGGCUCUACGCUUCUUUGCGGAAGGCGGGUACCAAACAGGCAUAGGAAAAGAUUGCGACGUGUCUGUGGCCCAGUGUAGUCUUAGCAAAGUUCUCACGGAAGUCAUAAAUAUAUUUGAGAAACAUCUCUGCCCAAAAUGGAUAAGGUUCUGCAGAACGGAAGAGGAGAAACGUAAAAUUGCUUUAGCGCUUUAUAUAAAGCAUGGCAUUCCGAGCGUUAUAGGAUGCGUUGACGGAACACAUGUCCGCAUUAUUGCUCCCUCCGCCAAUAAGCACUUAUAUUACAACAGGAAGGGCUACUAUAGUUUGAAUGUUAUGCUGGUGUGUGAUCAUGAGUUGAGGAUUCAGUACGUGGAUGCAUCGCAUCCUGGGGCGUGCCACGAUUCAUUCAUUUGGAAUACCAGCGAGUUGCGAGCCCACCUUGAGGAAGUCUAUCGAACAGGCGGUAGUAAAUAUUGGCUCCUUGGAGAUGCAGGGUAUUCUCUAGAACCGUGGCUUUUGACCCCUCAUAGAUGUCCACAGGAUGAAUCAGUUGAAAUUAAAUUCAAUGAAAUCCAUUCAAAGUGCCGCAAUGUAGUUGAACGCACCAAUGGCGUUUUGAAAAAUAGAUGGAGGUGCAUUCUUGGUGCUAGGGAGUUGCACUAUUCUCCUGAAAAAGCCGCAAAAAUCACAAAUGUUUGCUGUGCCUUGCAUAAUAUAUGCAUUCAUUUCAAAUGCAAUACUGACGUCAACGAUGUUGAACAUGUUGAUAGUAUUAGCAUACAAUAUAGUGAUAGUGAUGUAGUAUCCUUGGCCACGCAGCAGUAUUUGUCGGUUGCCCAAAAUAUUAGAAAUAAUAUUGGACAUAAUCUGUAGUAGAUAUUCCCCUAAAUUUAGACUCAGACACUAAUAAACGGCAAUCAAUCACUUAUAUA